CCCAGUCAGUCCACAUUUCGCCUUCGUCGAGGAAGCCGCCGUGUGCAUCAAGUUGUAACGUCCCAAAGCAAACCAGGUCACACGAUCGAAGCAACCGUGCAGUGAGUGAAUAGGGAAACUUGGCUUCUCGAGAAUGCAUCUUCAUUGACACUGAUUUUAGCAUUUUCCCUCAAAAGAGUCCGAAUUUACCAGUGAGUUUGACCUACCUGGAGUCAUAUCCGGAAGACAGUGACUCCAUUUCAACUCGGAUAAGUGCAUAACAGUUCUACUAAAAAAACGUGAUCAUUUAUUAAGACGAGACUCGAAGGAUUGGUAACUCAUCAUCAUUACUGACUGGAGUCGGACAGAUGUUGGAGGAGAGAUUUAGACAAUCGGACCCCAUAAAGGAUUCAGUUUGAAGCAGUUGGGUAGCAGAAGUGGACACCUGUUCCCACAUCGAACAGAGCUGAGAUUUGAUCUAAAUAUUGUUGGUUGAGAAACGAAAUUAUGAUUGUGCUCGGAUUGUGUGGCUUCACAUAAAUAAAUGAAUGGAAUAAUAAUCUCGGGCUUCUUGGUGAUGAGACGUUUCGUGAGACUGGAGAAUUGGAAUAUGUGAUUUUGUGACUGGGUUUGACAAUUUUUCCUGCUUGCACGUGGAUAAAGUGUGCAUAAAUAAGCCUUUGCUAAAAAGGCAGUGUGUAUUUGUGAGCUUGUAGUUUUGCAUCAAAUUCUAAACCUGAAUUAUGGACGGGAGAUUUUACAGCCUCAUCAUUCUGCUAGGAUCGACGUGUACGAUGCUGAUUCCGCCGUCCCUGGGAAUCACCGUGUUUGCGCCUCUGAAUGGUCAAGGGAUUCGAGGAACGGUGACCUUCGUGCAGGAAGAGCCCGGCUCCAAAGUGACCGCCCUCGUCAGCAUCGAAACGCUUUGGGUGGACCCGACCGAGUAUUCGUGGUCAGUUAAUGAAUUCCCCGUCAACUACGGCAGCAACCCUGACGCGCGAUGUGACAAAAGCGUUUUAGGAUCUCCGACGCUAAAACUGGACGAGAUCUUCGGAAAGCUCACCCUUCCCACGGAAUCCACCGUAAUCCUGUCCACAGAUCGGUUCAACUUGACAGGACCGGAUGGUAUUUGGUCACAUUCGCUCGUCAUCACUUCACGGGGUCAGAGUACCUGCGCCACGAUUGAUGCGGAAGCUGAGACCAGAUUUGGGGUUGCCCACUUUACUCGUCCAAUGGCUGGAAGUGUUUACUUUCAAACUCUGAAUGACCGUCAGGGUACAACAACUUCCGUUUUUAGUGACCUUUUUCAUGUGAAUCAGGAUCGUCCAGCAGCAUCGGAUCAUGUAUGGAAACUUUACAUUACGGAUUACACGUCCAAUCCUAGAGAUGACCUCGACUGCAAUGCAAUACAACAAUUGUGGGAUCCCGAUAAUCGUCAAGGAAGUUCGGCAUCCUGUUCCAAGAAGGCUCAAGAUUCCUGCGCUGCUGGCGAGAUGACCGGAAAACAUGGUAAAAUUCGGGUGGGGGCUCGCCAGUCCUCCUUCUCUCGAAAGGUGUUCAUGGACUCCUCCCUUCCUGCAAUUCCCUACGGGGGACGGAGGAAGAUUGUCGUCGUCAUUUUCCAUCCCGACAGACCGGACAACAUUGUGGGCUGUGCUGCUAUUCAAAAGAUUGAACCCAAACGUGGCAUCGCACUAGUUAACGGUUAUGGUGCCAGGGUUAAUUUUACUUUCGUGCAAAAAUCUCCCUUCCAUCCGACAACAAGUCAUAUCACUGGGAGGAACUUGAAAGAACGGGCUGGAGCUUUUCAUAUCCAUGUUUUCCCCAAGUUGGCGAAAAUGAAGCCUGGAGAUCCCGUAUGCCAAAAGACGGGAGGACAUUGGAAUCCUUAUCAAGUAAAUAUGGCUGAUUAUCCUCAACCUGCGGGAGGAAGCGAUGACCAAUUUGAGCUGGGUGACCUGGGUGGAAAGUAUGGAACUCUUGCCGGGCUUGAUAACGUGACCAGCAAAUAUUCUGACCAGAAUUUGCCCCUGUUUGGACCUCAGUCCAUUCUUGGGAGAUCCAUCGUCAUUUAUCGAGCUACGGAUGGUGGUGGGGGUCGAUGGAUUUGUGGAAAUAUUGAAAACACUCAACCCAUGCUGGUCGCAAUGGCCAGGUUCAAAUAUCCUCUCGUGGGGACCAUGUUCUUCAUGCAAGAAGCCAACAACCCGUUUUCAGAGACAAACGUAUUCAUUGAUGGACUGCACUACAGUGAUGGAUCCAAAAAUAACACUUUGGAUCAUCCGUGGGGAGUUCAUUCUGGAGAAAUUAAUAAGGAUUAUUACGACUGGAGAAAUCGAUGCACGAGUGCUGGACCACAGUUCAAUCCGUACAGGGUGAGUACUGAAACGCGUGGAUAUUCCGACUGUGGACCCUCAAGUCCACUCCGAUGUCAAUUGGGAGAUUUGAGUACAAGGCUGCAACGCAUAUCUGUUUCCGGAACAAAAACCGGGGUUAUCCACACGAAGAGGGUCUUCACUGAUACAAAUCUUCCACUUUCUGGACGUAACGGAAUUAUUGGGAAGGCUGUCGUUAUCACGGAUGAUAUCCAUCCUGUACAUCGUGGCGACAGACUAGCUUGCGUUAAAAUUCAACGCGUCUAUCGUGUCAAGGCUGUAGCCAAAGACUGGUUCGGCAAUGGAGAGAAGACUGGAGUAACUGGUCGCUUUGAAUUUAUUCAAGAUACUCCAUUUUCACCUGUCAAGACUUUUGUCAUGCUGAAGGGCCUCGGAGGAAUUGUCAACAAUUAUCAUGUUCAUGAGACUUCCAUUCCCAUCGAUCGAACUCAACCAUGUUCUGAUCAUGCCGUUGGAGGUCAUUUUAACCCAUUCAAUGUUACAAAGUCCCCACUUCGAGGAACCCAAGAUCAAUACGAAGUUGGAGAUUUGAGCGGAAAAUUCGACAAGUUGAGAGAUCUAAAUGCCUUUGAUAAGGAAUAUAAUGACACCAAUAUGGAACUAAUCGCUCCGCUUUCAGUUCUCGGACGUUCCAUUGUGUUGCACAAGAAGGAUAGGAACCUUCGAUACGCUUGUGCAGAUGUCGUUCGUGGUUACAGUCCUUCGGAAGCCUCCGAGUUCCGAGCGAUAGCUUCUUUUCAUCAUCCAGAGGGUUACGUCUGGGGAUAUGUUAGAUUCACCCAGCUUGUGUACAAUGACGGAAGUCUCAGCGAUACAACAAUUGAAGUCAACCUCAAAUAUCCUGGACAAAUUAAUCGAAACGCGACGCGAAACCAUGCUUGGUCUGUCUUUGUCAAUCGAGUGGGACAUGAUGCUUCCGUAAGAUCUCUACAACAUCGUUGUGUCGCAGCCGGCUACCGAUGGAAUCCAUAUUUCAUUCAUCUUGCUGAUCCAAAUAAUGUUGACUUCUACGCCCAAGAAUGCUCCCCCGAGUCUCCUUUGCGCUGUGAUGUAGGUGACGUUUCUGGUCGCUUGGGCCCCAUUUCAAUAGGAGAAAACAAAUUUAUUCUUGCUGACCCUAACCUUCCGUUGAGUGGACCAGCCGCUGUGUUGGGAAGGUCACUUAUAAUCCACGCUCCAAACAAAGGCGUGGAUCGACUCGCCUGUGCCAACAUUGAUCCUGACAAGGACAUCAUUAAAUAUGCAAACAUUCGAAAGCUUAAUAAUUUCUUGCUGGACGAAUUUAUCGACGAGGUAAGAAAGGUCCUUGGAGUCCCAGACUGGAUGCUGACCUAUGACAAUCGCCAAACGAAAGACGUCUACGGAGGCGAAUGCAUACAAAUGCUGUUCCAUUUCAGAGGUCCAGUUGCUGACCGAAUUGAACAAGAUUUUGAUAGACUCCUGAAUGGGAGAGAAAUUUCAAGGCCUAGCUUAGAAAUCCCUGGUGUUCAAAAUCCACCCACGAGAAAGUCUAAGCUCCCGUACAGAACGUGCUCGAAUCGAAGACCUUCAUCUCAACUUACAAAUUCACUAGGACUUGACACUGUGCCAAAAUUUCCAUCAGGUUCUAGUUCCGCUUCCAGAGGUGUGGCUAUUAGUAGCGUUGGAGUUCUACUUAGCGUUCUUCUUUCCCACUUCCUUUCCUCAGUAUUAUAUUCUAGCUCCAGAAGUUCGCCUCUCCGUCGCCCCCUCCAAAUGAUACAUCAGUAAAAUGAUUAUAUCGAAAUGCAAUUAGUACCUUGAUAGGAUUAAGAGAACCAUUUUUUUGUAUAAAGGAUCUAUCUUCCAUAAUUGUUAAUAGGUAUGCUUUUAUCAGUCAUUCGCCCAAAACGAUGGGAAUAAAUGUAUAAAUGUAUUAAGUAAUGACCAUCCGUGUUGGUUGAAGGGAAGCAACAAACCUGUGUGCCAGUCAAAUUACAUUUGUAGUUUUAACAUUUUCUUGGUUAUGCAAGUGCAUGUUCUGUAUGUUUUUAUUUGUUUAAUUUUAAGGAGACAAGAUAUUUUUCAGUCUUCUGCUGUUUAAAACUUGAAUUUUACUUUUAUCUUUUGUCUGUAUCAUGUAUAGGUUUAUUUGAAUAAGUACGUGUGACGUGCUCAACAGAAAGAGCAUAAAAGUGUGGAAUAGAGUUGAAUGCGUGCUAUCUUUUUAAUUAUUUUUUUACACUACAAGCAAAGGGGUAUUUCAGUAAUUAUUGAUUGACUUUUUGUACUUUAAUGUAUAUUAUUAAACAUGAACCAUUAUUUGUAAUCCUGCCAAAUUAAAAAUGUAAAUCUUUUCGUUAGAGUCGGUUACGAUAGCUUUUUAUAUUUGAUUAAUGUUCCUUCAAAACAUUAAUAAUUGGCUAUUUUACUGCAGCUCCAUACAUAAUUUCUGCAGAAUCGUACAAACCAAGUAAUCAUAGAAAAAAUAUUUCAAAAGUACGUUCAAUGUUCCCAUAAGUUAAUACAAAGACGAAACGAGAAAUAAAACUGGAAAAAACGUUA